GGGAGAGAGGGGAGGGUCAACCCAGACUGAGGUGAGGGCCACGGCUUGGCGUUGGGAGGGUCCCCAUCCAGGCCACAGUCUCUGGGCCCGGCACGCCCUCCGCUCGGCCCAGGCCCCCUUUCUCACGGUCACCACCCGCGGCCCGCCCACCCUAGGCGCUCCUCGGCAGCCCCAGUUGGCGGGGAGGGUGGCCGAGGGUGCCCGGGAGGCCGGCGCCUUUAAGAAGGGGCGGGCUCGUGCGCUCCAUUCAGGCCCCCGGGCCUCGGCCAUUGAGGAACCUGCAGGCAGCGCGGGCCAGAACCGCGCCUGCUCACCGGGCCGAGCCCAGACCCAGGCAGGGAUGCGCCGUGCUCCCAGCAACCCCCGACUUCGGGGAGAGAAGACGGCAGUGACCGGGGCCUCUCUGGAGCCAGGCAGGGCGGCCCGGGGACCGUGAACGCAAAUAAGCCAGAAUCCACAUUCCCAGCGAGCUGGUGCAGACAGAACCUCAGGGUGGGCACAGACCUGGGCUGAACCCGGCCUCUGUGCCUGGGCCAACACUAGACUCCCUGGCAAAAGCGGGCGGUGCUGUCUGCCUGCCGGUUAAGACCUGGAAGAGGGUCGGCUCCAGCGCAGGCCCGGGAGUAUGGGCCGCAGGGGGCUGCGAUGGGACGGGAGCCAUGAAUGGCGCCGGCCCCGGCCCGGCUCCGGUCCCGGACUGGCGGGAGUUCUGCGAGCUGCACGCCCAGGUGGCCGCCGUGGACUUCGCGCACAAGUUCUGCCGCUUCCUGCAGGAGCACCCGGCCUACGACACGCCCGACGCCGGCGCCUCCUUCUCCCGCCACUUCGCCGCCAACUUCCUGGACGCCUUCGGCGAGGAGGUGCGCCGUGUGCUGGUGGCCGGGCCGGCAGCGCGGGGCACGGCUGAGCGCACCGCCGCCAUGGAGCCAGGGCCGGCGGGGACCCCGGCCAUCAAGGCGGCCGCUCACGGCCACUCGCGCAGCUCCGAGGACGUCUCGACGCACGCGGCGGCCAAGGCGCGCGUCCGCAAGGGCUUCUCGCUGCGCAACAUGAGCCUAUGUGUGGUGGACGGCGUGCGCGACAUGUGGCACCGGCGCGCGUCGCCGGAACCGGACGCCACCCCGCGCGCCGCUGCCGAGCCCCAGGCCGAGCCGCGCGACAAGUGGACGCGGCGCCUGCGGCUGUCGCGGACGCUGGCGGCCAAGGUAGAGCUGGUGGACAUUCAGCGCGAGGGCGCGCUGCGCUUCAUGGUGGCCGACGACGCGGCCGCGGGCCCCGGCGGCGCUGGCCAGUGGCAGAAGUGCCGCCUGCUGCUGCGUAGGGCCGUGGCCGGCGAGCGCUUCCGCCUCGAGUUCUUCGUGCCGCCCAAGGCCUCUAGGCCCAAGGUCAGCAUCCCCCUGUCGGCCGUCCUGGAGGUCCGCACCACCAUGCCCCUGGAGAUGCCAGAAAAGGACAACACGUUUGUGCUCAAGGUGGAGAACGGAGCGGAGUACAUCCUGGAGACCAUCGACUCCCUGCAGAAGCACUCGUGGGUGGCGGACAUCCAGGGCUGUGUGGACCCCGUGGACAGCGAGGAAGACACAGAACUGGCCUGCGCUCGGGGAGGCUGUGUGGCCAGCCGCGUGGCCUCCUGCAGCUGUGAGCUCCUGACGGACGCGGACCUGCCCCGGCCCCCAGAGACAGCAGCACCUGCCGUGGUGACAGCACCGCACAGCCGAGCUCGAGAUGGCUUGGCAGAGUCCCUGGGCCACGUCCCACUGGAGACGUUCCUGCAGACCCUGGAGCCUCCUGGCGGCGGCGGCGGUGACAGUGGUAACGCAGGGGAGGAGGGAGCAGAGGCAGACCCCGAGGCCGAACCCCAGCUGGAGCUCUCCGACUACCCCUGGUUCCACGGGACGCUGUCUCGGGUGAAGGCCGCUCAGCUGGUGCUGGCGGGCGGGCCCCGGAGCCACGGCCUCUUCGUGAUCCGCCAAAGCGAGACGCGGCCCGGGGAGUACGUCCUCACCUUCAACUUCCAGGGCAAGGCCAAGCACCUGCGCCUGUCCCUGAACGGCCACGGCCAAUGCCACGUGCAACACCUGUGGUUCCAGUCCGUGCUAGACAUGCUCCGGCACUUCCACACCCACCCUAUCCCGCUGGAGUCUGGGGGCUCCGCCGACAUUACCUUGCGCAGCUACGUGCGGGCCCAGGGCCCCCCGGCACCCGAGCCGGGGCCCUCGCCCAGCGCCGCGCCCGCACCCACACCUGCACCCGCACCGCCUUCCUGCUGGGCCGAGCCUGGCGGCCCGCACUACUUCUCCAGCCUGGCCGCCUGCCCGCCCACCUCGCCCUCGGACGCGCCCGGCGGCGCCUCCCCGUCGUCCGCCGUGUCUGCGCCCGCACCCCCGCGCCCCGCCGAGGGCUCGCUCAGCGCGCGCAGCCGCAGCAACAGCGCCGAGCGCCUGCUGGAGGCGGCGGGCGGCGCGGCCGAGGAGCCCGCGGAGCCCGCGCCGGGCCGUGCGCGCGCCGUCGAGAACCAGUACUCGUUCUACUAAGCGCCGAGGCCCCGGGGCCGCCGCCGAGUGGGACAGCGAAGCUCUUCAGUGAAGACAUGCCCAUUAUUAAAGAGCCUGUUUUAGGGACUGCA